GCUCAUUCCCUGGCUUGGAGUGUGCAACGCCCUCCAUGAAACGAACUCCGAUUCCAUCCUUCUCGUGGAGAUUCCCUCUGCCUGUCACUCGGGGUUCUCCAGGCUGUGCCCCCCGGUGCCAGGGAUGGAGCAGAGUGGGACAGGUCUAAGCUCACUUCAGAUACGGCCGAGAGAGAUGCUCACCUGGGCAGCUGCCUGAUGGCUGCUCUAUCCCCGACCAACCAUCUCCAGCAGUGAAUGGCUCAUGCGGACCACUUGAUCCCUGUGUGUGCCCGUUCAGAGAAGCGCUCGCCACCUGCCUGAACUGCGCCAGCUGCCGAGAUGCCCGUGGCUGCUACCAACUCCGACUUGGCCAUGCAGCAGGUGCUGGACAACCUGAGCGACCUACCCAACUCCACCGGGGCGGCUGACCUGGAUCUCAUCUUCCUCCGAGGCAUCAUGGAGAGUCCAAUAGUAAGAUCCUUGGCUAAGGCCCACGAGCGCCUGGAGGAGACCAAGCUGGAGGCCGUGAGGGACAAUAACGUGGAGCUGGUGCAGGAGAUCCUGCAGGACAUCGCCCACGUCGCUGGGAGCAACAGCACGGCCGCCGAGCUGGCAUGCAUCCUGCAGGAGCCCCACUUCCAGUCUCUCCUGGAAACCCACGACUCGGUGGCCUCCAAGAGCUACGAGACGCCCCCGCCCAGCCCCCUCCUGGACCCCAUGUUCAACAACCAGCCGGUGCCGCCGGAUGCCGUGCGCAUGGUGGGGAUCCGCAAGACGGCCGCCGAGCACCUGGGCGUGACCUUCCGGGUGGAGCGGGGCGAGCUGGUGGUCGCCCGCAUCCUGCACGGCGGCAUGAUCGACCAGCAGGGCCUGCUGCACGUGGGCGACGUCAUCAAGGAGGUGAACGGCAAGGAGGUGGGCAACGACCCCAAGGUGCUGCAGGAGAUGCUGAAGAACGCCACCGGCAGCGUGGUCCUCAAGAUCCUACCCAGUUACCAGGAGCCUCCCCCGCCCCGGCAGGUGUUUGUGAAGUCCCACUUUGACUACGACCCGGCCAGUGAUAACCUGAUCCCCUGCAAGGAGGCAGGGUUAAAAUUCACUGCCGGGGACCUGCUGCAGAUUGUCAACCAGGACGACCCCAACUGGUGGCAGGCCUGCCACGUGGAGGGCGGCAGCGCCGGCCUCAUCCCGAGCCAGCUGCUGGAGGAGAAGCGGAAGGCGUUUGUGAAGCGCGACCUCGAAGUCCCCCCCACAUCUGGUGCCCUGUGCGGCAGCAUCAGUGGGAAGAAGAAGAAGAGGAUGAUGUACCUGACCACGAAAAAUGCGGAGUUUGACCGGCAUGAGCUGCUGAUCUACGAGGAGGUGGCCCGCAUGCCCCCGUUCCGCAGGAAAACCCUGGUGCUGAUCGGGGCCCAGGGCGUCGGGCGACGCAGCCUCAAGAACAAGCUGAUCAUGUCGGACCAGGCCCGCUACGGGACCACCAUCCCGUACACUUCGCGGAAGCCCAAGGAUCACGAGAGGAACGGCCAGGUCUACUGCUUCAUGUCGCGGGGGGAGAUGGAGGCGGACAUCAAGGCUGGCCGCUACCUGGAGCAUGGGGAGUACGAGGGGAACCUCUACGGCACCAAGAUUGACUCCAUCCACGAGGUGGUGGAGUCCGGCAAGAUGUGCAUCCUGGAUGUGAACCCGCAGGCGGUGAAGGUGCUGAGAACGGCUGAAUUCGUCCCCUACGUGGUCUUCAUCGAAGCCCCGGACUACGAGACACUCCGAGCCAUGAACAAGGCGGCGCUGGAGAGCGGUGUGGCCACCAAGCAGCUCACGGAGGCGGAUCUGAAGCGGACGGUGGAUGAGAGCUGCCGCAUCCAGCGUGGCUACGGCCACUACUUCGACCUCAGCCUGGUCAACGACAACCUGGAGUGGACAUUCCAGCAGCUGCAGGAGGCCCUGGAGAGGCUGCGCGCAGAGCCCCAGUGGGUCCCUGUCAGCUGGGUUUACUAGGACGCUGGGAGCGAAGGCCUCCCCACCCUGCCCCCACGCGGAGGGCACUGCCGACCCGCCUCCCCUCCGCCCUCCCUCCUGCACAAACCACGACGUCUCAAAGCCAAGGAACCCGGAUCCCCUGCCUGCGUCCCAGGCCUGUCUUCGGGGGAGCUGCGGCCCGAGACAGGUCGCGUCCCCCCAAGGGCAGGCGCUAGCUGGAGCUGCCAGUAGGGCGUGGGGAGGCAGGGAACUGGGUGCUUAUUGAACAUCCCCUUCCCCCUCCCCCUGAGUUUUAACCAACUUUGCCAGAGUUAGAGAGUUUCUUGUAGACAUUCCCGAGGGGCACCCCCAGUGGAGAACCCUUCUCUGCCCUGGACACGUGGCUGGGGGGCAGUGGCCCCCCAUGUCCUUCCAGGAAGGGCUAGGGUGGCCAUGGGGAGGGUUGAGAGAGCAGCCCAAGGCGGGGCCGUGCCCAGGACACUAAACACAGCCUCUUCAGUGCCCGGAGUGGGCACUGGGUCCCCCUUCAAGCCAGCCCCAGGGCUGUGCCCGGGGCCAGAUCCCGGCAGCUGGCAGAGGGAGGUGGGCAUGAGGAAGGCAGCGUGAAGUGUGCCGCAGGAGGCGCACAGAGCUGGGGAUGCCAGCUGGCACCUCCCUCCAUCCCUGCGCGUUCUCCCUUUUUCACCCAGCUGCCCGCUCCAUGCCCAGGCUGCAUCCCCCUUCCCGGUCCUGAGCUGCCCUCUCUGUGCAGAGGUGCCUGGCAUCACCUCCAGCAGCUCCCUGGAGCAGCUUGGGGCAUCUCUCCUCACUGGCCUAGGCCAGGGGAAAUCCCAAUAGGGACCAACCGGCUCAGGAACAGGGAUGUUCCUGGCCAUCUUUCUUCAUCGUUCCCCACUGGGCCAGCGGGGUGGGGACGAGGGUGCAGCAGGGCGGGUUCGGAGCCCAUCACCUCCCUGGGCUAGAGCAUCAGAUUCUCCCUUAACCCGUGUCUGGGGUUCGGGGCAGGAGGCGUGUCCACCAGGGAAAUGAGCUUGGUGGGCUCAGUGGGCUUCUUGGAUCAACCGUAGAGACUAACUCACUAAUUCCCCACCGUGAAUCCACAGCUGCUCCCCAGCAAAGACUGAUGAGUUAUUUCAGGGCUGGCUGGCUGCAGGGGCAGAAUUUCCGAGGAAAUUACUGGCCAGUUUGGUGCCGCGGGAGAGAUCAGUCCUGUCCCAGGACGACAGGCGCACCUUAGCGAGCCCAGUCCAAAAAUCGGCAUGGUUCCGAUGCCCUACCUGAAAGAGACGAAGCCACCACAUGCCCUGCCUCACCUGCUCCCACAGAAAACCCAUGAUGGAUUCGUCCGGAGUGGGCCACCGCUCUGGAUGACCCAGAGCAGAAGGAAUCUUCUGGGGAGAUCUGCACCAAGCAAAUGCACAGCUAUCUCACUGCCGAAAAUUCAGCUCAGUUUACAGACCCAUCCCCCGCCUUCUGGCUCCGAACCGGAUAGAUUAUUCCCCCCUCCCAAUUUGAACUUUUGCAAAUGUCCCAGCGAUGGUCAGAAAAGCUGCCCGACUUCCCCCCCAGCUUAGAGUCUGUGAUUGUGGUGGUAUUGAAGGGGAAUUGCGGCACCUCUGGAAAUCAAUAGCUUUAAGGUCCAAAUGGUUGAAGGAGGCACCCUUGAGGAGGGUCUUGUUACAUCCCUGGUGUAGGACACAGGACAUCUGGUGUAGGACACAGGACAUCUUGAUUCCCUGCUCUGCUCCAGCCUCCUGGGCAAGUCACUUAAUUGCUCAGUGCCUCAGUUUCCCCACCUGUCCAAUAAGGUUAAAUUAAUAAUACCCCACACUGAGAAUACAUCUGUUAUUGUAGGUGAGGCCCUCAGAUACUUUGGGGAUGUGGUGGAAGCUAGAGAGUUAAGUAACAUAAAUACUUUUGAGGCUCUGGACCACAGACCUCAACUGUAGGUUUUAGGAUUUAUAAAGUGACAGCAAAAUAAAAUAAAAACCAUAAUGAUUGGAUAGGUGGAACCAGCCAGGGGCAUCACUAGAUAUCAGGUAAGGGGGGUAAUUGCCACCGCCAGACCUCGGUUCGCCCACCCCAACUUUUCAUAGGUCUAUCGGCUCCACUUUUUGCCUCCUGCCCCAGCUUUGCAGGAUAGAAGUGAUCACAUAUAAUGUUCUAUAUGCUAAUGCAACUUUGCCCCGCUCCUGGAAUUUUUCUGAAAUGGUGCCUCUGGAGACAGUCAGCAAAAUCCAGGUCCGGGGGGAUCCUCAAAACAUGGGGCCAGCCCGCUCUGCGGUUUAGGGUCAUACCUGUUGCUCAAAAACCAUUAGAACAAAGAUCAGUAAGAGUAGGAGGAUUGUGUGUGGACAGUGGACAGCCCGCAAACAAGCUGCCUGCCUGGGUGCGAGAGCCGAGGCGGGAAGGACAGGUGCCUUCUGAUCUGAUCACCAGACAGGUUUGUUAGUAACCCGGUGGGGUGGGGGGUAUUUAUUUGUUUUCUUGGUAAUAACUUUUGUCUUGCGUAUUUCUUUAGCCGAAUCCACACGCAGACUUAACUGACCCCAUCGAAUAUUAAAGCUAGCUGGUCCUGC